UUUUGUUUUUCCCAGGUUCCUGUCGCAUGUAAAUCGUGUCCCUGUGGCUACAUAUUUAUUAGUCGAAAACUCUUGCAUGCUAAACGGGCUGAGAGAUCACCACCCAUCACAGAAAACAAGAGUGAGGCCAAACGGAGACGGACAGAGAGAGUUAAGCGAGAGAAGAUAAAUUCUGCAGUAAAUAAAGACUUAGAAAACCGAAAAAGAUCCAGGUCUAACAGCCAUUCAGAUCAUAGCAGACGAGGAAGAGGAAGACCUAAGAGUGCCUCAGCCAAAAAGCACGAAGAAGAAAGAGAGAAACAAGAGAAAGAAGUUGACAUGUAUGCUAACCUUUCAGAUGAAAAGGCCUUCGUGUUUUCUGUGGCCUUGGCGGAAAUAAACAGAAAAAUUAUCAAUCAAAGACUUAUUCUGUAACUUGUAAGCACAAUCUGGUGCAUUUAUAUGCAGAAUGGCUAGCGUAUUUCCAAGGUGUCGUGGACUCUCGGAAAAUGUGUUGUCUGCGCCGACAAGGACCACAGUAUUUCGUGUUAAAAUUCUACUGCAGUUCUUGGAAAUCGAAUUCUGUCUCUACAAGUCAGAAAGUGUUCACAAGAUUGUGCUAUGAAAAUCAGAAAGCAGAUACUUUUUACACCUUGAAGACAAAUGCUAGACAAAUGCACAGAGAGACUGCACCCAUUCCAGAGCACUUCCUUUAAAUUUGCUGCCAGAAAUGCAAUAUUUUGAAUAUUUUCAGAAAUAAAUGAUUUUCCUUUAAAAUUAUAUAUUUCAGAUUUUUCAGCUAUGUUGCAGUUUACGUAUGUACAGUUCACAUAACUUUUUAAUAAAUCGAUAUUCCAAUA